UGCUUAGCUGUAAAUCUACACAGCCUGCUGUAGAUGCUUUCCCAAAAUUUAGGAAAAGUAGUAUUUAUUGUUUUUGUGUACAUCGGUGAACGUUUACCGUUUACGUUUAUCAUUUUCUAAAGGCACAUUUCCUGGUCAGUGAAUACACAGGGUAAAUGAAUCAUCUGCCGCAGGUAAAUUGACUGUGUAUGUAUGUAGGUAUAGAAAAUCUACAGUAUGUUCUGUAUUACAGUAUGCAUUCCAUCACUAAAUCUAAAUGUUUCCACGUGAGUCUAGAGGCAAUGGCCAAAAUACACUGUUGAUAACAUCUUAUCCAAAAACAUAUUUACUUGGAAUUAAUCGCAGUGAAGACUGUUAAAAUCUCACUAAUGACCCUCACAAACACACCACCGUAUAUGCCCUUACUAGAUAAUAUGUCUUCUGUCACUAUUUUAUGACAUAGGGGGUAAGUUUAUGUUUAUGUAUUAUUUUUCUUAUUUUAUUUAAAGUGGCCUCAUUCGAUUGUGGGUGUCUGGCAGAGCUAACAAAAGGCUGCAUGGCUUCAUAGGCUCCACCAACUGCUGUCCAAGGGAGACAGCACAGCGGAGCGCAGAGGAGGGGAAUGGGUCCGAGUCCGACAGCGGUGAGUUCAGCAGCUGAAGCCUACAGCCGAUGCCGCUCCACUGUAGGUAUCCAGAGAAUAAGAAGAGCUAAUCAAACUGUCAGGGGAUUCAUUUAGCCUCGCUUUGUUGGGAACAGUGAAGAAGAAAACGGAAGGCUAGGAUGUAUUCACAAGAAUUGCCUGACUCCUUUCGAGUCAUGUUCCCAGCGUUCUCUCUGCCCAUGAAAGCGGAACGCAGUCGGAAUAAGGAGCGGCUGGAGGCCAGUCUGGCCGGCCUGUGCGAGCUGGAGCUGCUCAAACAGAGGCAGGAAUGCCGUGUGCUGAGCGCUCUCUGCAUCGGGGACUUUCCGGUUCGUCCGCCUUGGGGAGCUCUGCGGUUGGCACGUUGCGCCCUGGACGCACCAAACGGCAACGCAUCGGAUGACUAUAACCACAGGUUCCAAACUAGCGGUCUCCAGUGUACGCCCUGCGGUAUAAAGGCGUCUUUAGAACAGCAGGUGGCAGAGCUGAAGGUGAACACUGAGGUCAAAUCAGCAGAUUCUCCUACUGAUCUGGAGGACAGCCAAAUCAGUUCUGGAGAAGUCAUUGUAGCCAAGCAAAAUACAUCUCCUGAAUCAAAUUACAGAGAAACAGAGACAGGAGAAACAUGGCUGUUAGACCCAAUGAGACGGGCCGCAGUUACUGACGCUUUAGGGGAGAAGAGGGAUGUUGAGACCAGUCAGGAAGAUUAUCAACAAGCCCAAAAGGUAGAGACUUAUAUAUUUGGAUUGAUCCAACGCCGAGCCCUACCCACACGGCCCUCAAAGCCCCGCACCAGCCUGGCACAUGAUGCUCGAGCUGUCAGUGUGGUGAGGCAGAGUAGUUUAAGCCACAAGGAGGAGCAACAUUCACCAAAGCAGAUGUCUUUUCAAGAGAUCUCUACUCCGUCCCAUUGUUCAGAAGUAACUGCUCUAAAGGCUUGCCAUAACCUCGAUCAGGAGCGUUACCUAGGGACAGGGUUUACUGAAGAUGCCCCACCUCCAUACCACCCACAUCUCCAGGAAAGUGUCCAGCAUCAACCAGGGCUUUAUCACAGGCCCCGGCAGGCAUCCAUGAUUAACACCUCUCGCUCAACCUUCCUGGAUUAUCCAUUUUGCAGAGUGCUGCAAGCCCACCCAGACUCCAGCAAUAGUGAGCCUGAUUCACCCCAACAUUUCCACAACUACUCUUCACCUCUAGCUCUGUCAAAGCCUCACCAACCACCUUCAUCUGAUGAGCAGCUGGUCAAGGCAGAGUAUAUUCCAGCCCAGCCCUGCCAAGCCUCCACCAGAGCUCAUCACCACUCCAACCCCCACAAGGGCUCUGGGGUGCCCAAACCCAACCGAAGCACAUAUUCUCCAGAAAGAGUCCAUCAUCAUCAAGAGCAGCAGAUUCCAGCAUCUCAGAUACAACCCUCCAGAUCCCGAGGUGGCCCAAAGAAGUGCAGCUCGAAUGAAGAUAGAAGUGGUGCCAGCAGGAAGCUGGGGAAGAAGGCAUGUAGGUCUCAGUCAGAGAACAGCCUGCAAAGGGUUCCAGAGCGCAAGUACAAUACAGUAGAGAGGGAUGGUGGAGGAAGUGGAAGCCGUAGUAGUCAAUCUAGGAGCAAGAAACAACAGCAAGGAAGUGGUAGCUAUCGGUGCUGGCAGUCCACCCUGGAGCUAAGCCAAGACGAGGCUGACCAGCCACUCACACAGGCACCCAUGCAAGGCUCCUCAACUUUAAACCAAAGAGACCAUUGUGGAAGGCGCACACGCAAAUCUCGCCCUACACAUGCAUCAUAUGCCUACCCACACAACCACCACUCCCGUCAUCAUCAGCACAUGGAGUACAAGUUAGAGAGGGACCAAGUGCCACUGUGUCAGCCUAGUGAGGAUUACACUCACCCAGGUCAGGGUGAGUCUGAGUCCAGCAUGAGUGAGGCUGACUCUCCAGAUUCCAGCUCUUUGUCCAGUGACUCAGAUGAGAGUGGUGGUCUGGUUUGGCCCCAACAACUGCCCCCUCAACUUUCUCUCCCAUCACCUCCUGCCCCACCUGGAGAACCUCUGCAGCCCAAGGCUUUUGUCAAGAUUAAGGCCUCACAUGCCCUUAAGAAGAAGAUCCUGCGCUUCCGCACAGGUUCACUGAAAGUAAUGACCACCGUAUAAAUUGGAAUACUGGCCAAACUGAAAUAACAUGAGAUGCAGAGCUUUGGAUUAUGUAGAAUGAUGGACCACAAACUACAGUGACUAUAAAAAUCAAUGUGUGCAUGAGUACUAUGCUCUUGGCUGACUGAAUUGAUUGGAUGGGUUUAGAUGAGCCAACAAGCAAUGAAGGAAAUGAUUAUCGCCAUAUCAGCCUUUUUUUUUGUUUAAAAAAUGUGUGUUACACUAAAAUACUUAAAUGAAUGAGUCAUGUUUUGUCAAAGGGUACUCCAAUUUGGCCACAUUGGCCCCUAGAUAUCCCACUGAUAGAGUAUAUCAUAGUCCAUGCUGACAUUGUCUUUGAGGUAUGUCAUGAUUUAAAAAUGUUUUCUACAUAAACAUACAGCAAUUAAAUAUAUUGUAGCUGGAAGUAAAUGUAUCUGUCAGACAUGAGGAAAUGUGACCACAAGAUGAGUAGUUGUGAAGGAGUGGCUUGUUCAAUACAAAGUGUUGUGAGACAUUUUGUUUGGAAUUUGUGGUUGAGAUUGUAAAUCUCACUGUAGAAAUAAUUGACUUUUAGCCAAAAAGAAGUCUGUGAAUCUUUUACAUUUAACUGUAGCAGCAGACACAAACCAGCAAGAUACUGCAGUAGCAAUAUUUAAACCAUCUUUAAAACGUUUUGGUGGGAUCCAAUGUCUCACUCAGAGCAACUAAAUAUUCUUGAAGGACCUUGUUUAAAAUGUUAAGUAGCAAAUUACUUUUUCUAUAGUUUUAAUGUUAAUAGUAGGUUACUUGCAGACUAAUAAAAAUGUACCUGCCCAAAGAAUGUAUUUAACGUUACAAUUUCAGUAUUUGAAGUAUAUGCUUCAAAUACUUAUUUGAAGUACAGUAUUAUCAUUUAAAGUGCACUAGUCAACUCACUAUUAGCUUCUGUUUGUAUUCUGUUUGACAAAAUGCAGUGUAUGAAAAUAAAGUGUUUGUUUUAAAAAAUAA